CGAGGGGCCGGGGAGCGCAUCCCGCCCCCGCCCCCACCCACGCCGCCGCCACCCCCACCACCGUUGCCGCUGCUCACGCACUCCGAGUCGCUGGCCUCGCUGCCUGAGGUGGGGGCGCUGCGGGCGCGUGUGCGCCGGCCGCCUUCCCGUUGCCGCCCGCGUUCUUGCCGUCCCGGCAUACGUCGGCGCGCGCCGGCGCCUACAUCCGGCUCCGGACGCUUGCGAUCUUAGUGGGACCCAACUUGGAGGCCUAUGGUGUAGGUAUCAGGAUUACUUCUGUCCCCAAGGCCAAUUGCAGACCUCCACAUGUUGAACUAUGGGAUUCCACAGAGAAUGAGACUCUCAUCCUUUUGCUGUCAGUGAGCCAUUCUUUCCAGCUUUCUCCCACCAUCCACUGACCUCAUGUCUACCAUACUCCUGAAUUUGGACUUUGGGGAACCUUCGAAAAAGGCAUUUGGAGGAAAUGCCAAACAUCAACGUUUUGUCAAGAAGCGACGGUUCUUGGAACAGAAGGGAUUUCUGAAUAAAAAGAACCAACCCCCUAGUAAGGUGUCUAAGUUGAACUCAGAACCUCCAAAGAAAGGGGAAACUUCAAGAGUAGAUGGCAUUUUGAAGAUCCUUCCAUGCCCAAAGAAGAAGAAAGAGGCAGCUGUCUCCAAGAGGGACUCAGAGCAUUCCAAAGACAAGAAGGCAUCAUUGUCUUGGCUGACCCCUGCUCCUUCAAAGAAGACUGAGUCUGUGGUUGGUAAAGUAGAUUUGCUAGGGGAGUUUCAGAGUGCCCUUCCAAAGAUUAAGAGCCACCCAUCUCGCACCCAGAAGAAGGGCUCCAAGAAGAAGCCCUUGAAAAAGAAAAUUGCUACAGAGAACUCCACCCAAGCUCAGUCAAAGGAUAAAAGCUCCAAGAAGAAGCCCUUGAAGAAAAAUGCUGUACAGAACUCCACCCAAGCUCGUUCUGAGGAUAAGUGCCCUAAAGUCUCUCAAAAUAUGCCAGGGAAGAUGGUGGCAAUAGACUGUGAAAUGGUGGGCACAGGACCCAAGGGGCGUGUUAGUUCCUUAGCUCGAUGCAGCAUUGUGAAUUACAAUGGAGAUGUGCUUUAUGAUGAGUACAUCCUCCCGCCCUGCUAUAUCGUCGACUACCGCACCAGAUGGAGUGGCAUCCGGAAGUGCCACAUGGUUAAUGCUACGCCCUUUAAGACUGCUCGGAAUCAGAUCUUGAAGAUACUCUCAGGGAAGGUAGUAGUAGGGCAUGCCAUUCACAAUGACUACAAAGCCCUACAGUACUUUCAUCCCAAGUCCCUCACCCGAGACACUUCCCAGAUACCACUUCUCAACCGGAAGGCUGACUGCCCAGAAAAUGUCACUUUGUCACUGAAGCAUCUCACCAAGAAGCUGCUGAGUCGGGACAUCCAGGCUGGAAAAAGUGGACAUUCCUCGGUAGAAGACGCGCAGGCCACAAUGGAGCUGUACAAGUUGGUUGAAGUCGAAUGGGAACAGCACCUGGCCCAGAAUCCCCCAGAAAAUUAGCACUCCCAGGGAGAAACAUGCAGUAGACCAACCCACAGUUCUGCAGCUUCUCCCCUGUAGAAGCUAGAAUCAUUGGGGAGAGGGGCUUGACCAGAGACAUAAUACCCAUUGAAAUUUCAUCUCA